CUGUACAUAUAAAAAACGACGAGAAGCGGGUUUGUCUAAAAUAAAUUGUUGAACUAAGUUAAGGUAGAAUUAGGACAAUGGCCAGCGGAUCCAGGACAACCAUUUUGCCCCAGUCGAAGGAGGCGCUUCUGAAGUCCUAUAAUGCGCGCCUCAAGGACGACGUUCGCAGCAUGCUGGAGAAUUUUGAAGAAAUACUCAAGCUGGCGCGCCGUGAGAGCCACAGCCAGAUUUCGAAGACCACGCAGUGCGAACAGGAUGCCCUGGAAAUGCAGGUCCGCGCGGCCAACAUGGUCCGUGCCGGCGAGUCUCUGAUGAAGCUGGUGGCCGACCUAAAACAGUACCUAAUCCUCAACGACUUUCACUCGGUCAACGAGGCCAUCACAAACAAUUCGCAGCUGUUCAGGAACACACAGAGCGAGUGCGACAAGAAGCUGAUGAAACUUAGGGACGAAAUGGCCAUGGACUUGUACGACCUGGAGGAGGAGUACUACACCAGCAUUUUUAAGUAGCGCUAGGAGGGGAAGGGGUUCACCUUAUUUGUGAUGAACUGGCUUUGGCCGAACUGUAGAAUUUAAUAAGAAAUCAUUACCACAUUCACUUGU